CGGCCCCCCAGCUCCGGCCCCUCGGCCCGGCCCGGCCCGUCCCCGGGUGGAGGCGGGGGCAGCUGCGGCGCGGCCGGCCGCGUGUGGCCGGGGGGCGGCCGCCGCUACCCAGGGAGGCGCGCCGAGGCGCCAACAGCGCUCCCCGGCGGGUCCCCCGCGCACUCGCCUCGCCCGGGCAGCGGCCCGACCUGGCGAGCAUGGGCGGCGCGGAGUGACGCCGCCGUGCCCGCUUGGCAUCAAGGACAUUCAGCCCGCGGGGGUGGGGACGAAGGGGGCGGCCCCGCGUCGCCACCGCAGCCCCCGAGAGCCGCCGUUACUGCUCGGGCUCCAGGGCUGGGUGGGUGGGGAAAGGGGUGCUUGGAAGCGAGCCGCAUUUCCCGACCUUUUUGUUGGACAUUCUGCCCACCUUGGACGCCGCCAGAGAAGCUGUCAAGCCCCGUAGGCUCUGAUUUCGCCCUUCGUUUCCCUGGCCUCCCCCCGGGUUCCCCGUGCCUCGGUGGAGUAUUCGCGUUCGUUGGUUCGGGGCUGGGGCUGGAGGAGGCAGCCACACGCGCGCACACGCACACGUUCAGAGGAGGGCGAGAGGCAGCGGCACCGGCACCAUCUGCAGUGUCAAUGCGGCGCUCCCGCUGAAGCAGGCAAAGCGGCGCUUGCAGGGGAUCUGUACAGAAAAACAACAAAGAGAACACUUCAAGAAGGCUGCAGCACUGUCAUGUUGCAGUGACAAUUGCGGUGUAAUAGGAAAUCAUUUAUGGAGCCUGCACCCCUCCCUCGACACUGCUGUGCCGAGUGUGACCGUGACCCGAGGGCGCGUCUCUGAAAUGAGAGCCAUGCCUUGGAAUUGGACCUGCCUGCUCUCCCACCUCCUAAUGGUGGGGAUGGGCUCCUCCACUCUACUCCCCCAGCAGCCACCCCUGCUGCCCCAGAAGCGGUCUUUUGUCACGUUCCGCGGGGAGCCCGCCGAGAGCUUCAACCACCUGGUGGUGGACGAGAGGACAGGGCACAUUUAUGUGGGGGCCGUCAAUCGGAUCUACAAGCUCUCCAGCGACUUGAAGGUCCUGGUGACCCACCAGACUGGGCCGGACGAGGACAACCCCAAGUGCUACCCUCCCCGCAUUGUCCAGACAUGCAACGAGCCCCUGACCACCACCAACAAUGUCAACAAGAUGCUCCUGAUAGACUAUAAGGAGAACAGGCUGAUUGCUUGCGGGAGCCUGUACCAAGGCAUCUGCAAGCUCCUCAGGCUGGAGGACCUCUUCAAGCUGGGGGAGCCUUUUCACAAGAAGGAGCACUACCUGUCGGGGGUCAACGAGAGUGGCUCUGUCUUUGGGGUGAUCGUCUCCUACAACAACCUGGAUGACAAGCUCUUCAUUGCCACGGCCGUGGACGGGAAGCCAGAGUAUUUCCCCACCAUCUCCAGCCGGAAACUGACCAAGAACUCAGAGGCGGAUGGCAUGUUCGCAUAUGUCUUCCACGAUGAAUUUGUGGCCUCGAUGAUCAAGAUUCCUUCGGAUACUUUCACCGUCAUCCCCGACUUUGAUAUCUACUACGUCUAUGGCUUCAGCAGCGGCAACUUUGUCUACUUUUUGACGCUUCAGCCUGAGAUGGUGUCUCCCCCUGGCUCCACCACUAAGGAGCAGGUUUAUACGUCCAAGCUCGUGAGGCUUUGUAAGGAGGACACAGCCUUCAACUCCUACGUGGAGGUCCCCAUUGGCUGUGAGCAUGGCGGGGUGGAGUACCGCCUGCUGCAGGCCGCCUACCUGUCCAAAGCUGGGGCCGUGCUCGCCCGGACCCUCGGGGUUCGCCCAGAGGACGACCUCCUCUUCACCGUCUUCUCCAAAGGCCAGAAGCGGAAAAUGAAAUCCCUGGACGAGUCGGCCCUGUGCAUCUUCGUCCUGAAGCAGAUCAAUGACCGCAUUAAGGAACGGCUGCAGUCCUGCUAUCGGGGUGAGGGCACGCUGGACCUGGCCUGGCUCAAGGUGAAGGACAUUCCCUGCAGCAGCGCGCUCCUAACCAUUGAUGACAACUUCUGUGGCCUGGAUAUGAAUGCCCCCCUGGGCGUGUCUGAGAUGGUGCGUGGCAUCCCCGUCUUCACGGAGGACAGGGACCGCAUGACUUCUGUCAUCGCAUACGUCUACAAGAAUCAUUCUCUGGCCUUCGUGGGCACCAAGAGUGGCAAGCUGAAGAAGAUCCGGGUAGAUGGGCCCAGGGGCAAUGCCCUCCAGUACGAGACGGUGCAGGUGGUGGACCCCAGCCCUGUCCUCCGGGACAUGGCCUUCUCAAAGGACCACAAGCAGCUCUACAUCAUGUCGGAAAGGCAGCUCACCAGAGUCCCUGUGGAGUCCUGUGGUCAGUAUCAGAGCUGCGGCGAGUGCCUCGGCUCAGGCGAUCCCCACUGUGGCUGGUGUGUGCUCCACAACACGUGCACCCGGAAGGAGCGCUGUGAGCGGUCCAGAGAGCCCCGCAGGUUUGCCUCUGAGAUGAAGCAGUGCGUCCGGCUGACCGUCCAUCCCAGCAACAUCUCCGUCUCUCAGUACAAUGUCCUGCUGGUCCUGGAGACGUACAAUGUCCCAGAGCUGUCAGCUGGGGUCAGCUGCACCUUCGAGGACCUGUCAGAGAUGGACGGGCUGGUGGUAGGCAGUCAGAUCCAGUGCCACUCCCCAGCAGCCAAGGAGGUGCCCCGGAUCAUCACGGAGAACGGCGACCACCAUGUCGUCCAGCUGCAGCUCAAGUCGAAGGAGACAGGCAUGACCUUUGCCAGCACCAGCUUUGUCUUCUACAACUGCAGCGUCCACAAUUCGUGCCUGUCCUGCGUGGAGAGCCCAUACCGCUGCCACUGGUGUAAAUACCGGCAUGUCUGCACCCAUGACCCCAAGACUUGCUCCUUCCAGGAAGGCCGGGUGAGGCUGCCCGAGGACUGCCCGCAGCUGCUGCGAGUGGACAAGAUCCUGGUGCCCGUAGAGGUGGUCAAGCCCAUCACCCUCAAGGCCAAGAACCUCCCCCAGCCGCAGUCGGGGCAGCGCGGGUACGAGUGCGUCCUCAGCAUCCAGGGCAGCGAGCAGAGGGUGCCCGCCCUGCGCUUCAACAGCUCCAGCGUGCAGUGCCAGAACACCUCCUAUUCCUACGAAGGGAUGGAGAUCAACAACCUGCCGGUGAAGCUGACAGUCGUGUGGAACGGGCACUUCAACAUUGAUAACCCAGCUCAGAACAAAGUUCACCUCUACAAGUGCGGUGCCAUGCGUGAGAGCUGCGGGCUGUGCCUCAAGGCGGACCCGGACUUCGAAUGCGGCUGGUGCCAGGGCCAGGGCCAGUGUACCCUCCGGCAGCACUGCCCCAUCCACGAGAGCCACUGGCUGGAGCUGUCGGGCACCAACAGCAAGUGCACGAAUCCCCGCAUCACAGAGAUAAUCCCAGUGACAGGCCCCCGGGAAGGGGGCACCAAGGUCACCAUCCGAGGGGAGAACCUGGGCCUGGAAUUCCGGGACAUCGCCUCCCAUGUCAAGGUGGCCGGCGUGGAGUGCAGCCCUUUGGUAGAUGGCUACAUCCCUGCGGAACAGAUCGUGUGUGAGAUGGGGGAGGCCAAGCCCAGCCAGCACGCCGGCUUCGUGGAGAUCUGUGUGGCUGUGUGUCGGCCCGAGUUCAUGGCCAGGUCGUCGCAGCUCUAUUACUUCAUGACGCUGACUCUCUCAGACCUGAAGCCCAGCCGGGGGCCCAUGUCCGGAGGCACACAGGUGACCAUCACGGGCACCAACCUGAACGCAGGCAGCAACGUGGUGGUGAUGUUUGGGAAGCAGCCCUGCCUCUUCCACAGACGCUCUCCGUCCUACAUCGUAUGCAACACCACGUCCUCAGAUGAGGUGCUGGAAAUGAAGGUGAUGGUGCAGGUGGACAGGGCCAAGAUCCACCAGGACCUGUUCUUCCAGUACAUGGAGGAUCCUACCAUCGUGCGGAUUGAGCCCGAGUGGAGCAUCAUCAGUGGGAACACACCCAUCGCCGUGAGGGGGACUCACCUGGACCUCAUACAGAACCCCCAGAUCCGUGCCAAGCACGGAGGGAAGGAGCACAUCAAUCUCUGUGAGGUUCUGAACGCUACUGAGAUGACCUGCCAGGCUCCUGCCCUCGCUCUGGGGCCUGACCACCAGUCUGACCUGACGGAGAGGCCCGAGGAGUUUGGCUUCAUCCUGGACAACGUCCAGUCCCUGCUAAUCCUCAACAAGACCAACUUCACCUACUAUCCCAAUCCUGUGUUUGAGGCCUUCGGCCCCUCAGGGAUCCUGGAGCUCAAGCCCGGCACACCCAUCAUCCUAAAGGGCAAGAACCUGAUCCCGCCCGUGGCUGGGGGCAAUGUAAAGCUGAACUACACCGUGCUGGUCGGGGAGAAGCCGUGCACCGUCACAGUGUCGGAUGUGCAGCUGCUCUGCGAGUCCCCCAACCUCAUAGGCCGGCACAAAGUGAUGGCCCGAGUCGGUGGCAUGGAGUACUCCCCGGGGAUGGUGAACAUUGCCCCGGAUAGCCCGCUCAGCCUGCCUGCCAUCGUUAGCAUCGCCGUGGCCGGCGGCCUCCUUAUCAUCUUCAUCGUGGCCGUUCUCAUCGCCUACAAACGCAAGUCCCGGGAGAGCGACCUCACGCUGAAGCGGUUGCAGAUGCAGAUGGACAACCUGGAGUCCCGCGUGGCCCUGGAGUGCAAGGAAGCCUUUGCCGAGCUGCAGACGGACAUCCACGAGUUGACCAGUGACCUGGACGGAGCUGGGAUUCCCUUCCUGGACUACAGAACCUACACUAUGCGAGUGUUGUUCCCGGGAAUUGAAGACCACCCUGUCCUCCGGGACCUCGAGGUCCCGGGCUACCGGCAGGAGCGCGUGGAGAAAGGCCUGAAGCUCUUCGCUCAGCUCAUCAACAACAAGGCGUUCCUGCUGUCCUUCAUUCGCACGCUGGAGUCUCAGCGCAGCUUCUCCAUGCGUGACCGCGGCAACGUGGCCUCGCUCAUCAUGACGGUGCUGCAGAGCAAGCUGGAGUACGCCACCGACGUGCUGAAGCAGCUGCUGGCUGACCUCAUAGACAAGAACCUGGAGAGCAAGAACCAUCCCAAGCUGCUGCUCAGGAGGACUGAGUCGGUGGCUGAGAAGAUGUUGACCAAUUGGUUUACUUUCCUGCUCUACAAGUUCCUCAAGGAGUGUGCCGGGGAGCCCCUCUUCUCCCUGUUCUGCGCCAUCAAGCAGCAGAUGGAGAAGGGGCCCAUUGACGCCAUCACGGGCGAGGCCCGCUACUCUCUGAGCGAGGACAAGCUCAUCCGCCAGCAGAUCGACUACAAGACCCUGGUCCUGAGUUGUGUCAACCCAGACAAUGCCAACAGCCCUGAGGUCCCAGUGAAGAUCCUCAACUGCGACACCAUUACUCAGGUCAAGGAGAAGAUUCUGGAUGCCAUCUUCAAGAAUGUGCCCUGCUCCCACCGGCCCAAGGCUGCAGACAUGGACCUGGAAUGGCGACAAGGAAGCGGGGCGAGGAUGAUCCUGCAGGAUGAAGACAUCACCACCAAGAUUGAGAACGACUGGAAGAGACUGAACACCCUGGCGCAUUACCAGGUGCCGGAUGGUUCUGUGGUGGCUUUAGUGUCCAAGCAGGUGACAGCCUACAAUGCAGUGAACAACUCCACCGUCUCCAGGACCUCGGCAAGUAAAUACGAAAACAUGAUCCGGUACACGGGCAGCCCUGACAGCCUCCGCUCACGCACACCCAUGAUCACCCCUGACCUGGAGAGUGGCGUCAAGAUGUGGCACCUGGUGAAGAACCACGAGCACGGGGACCAGAAGGAGGGUGACCGGGGGAGCAAGAUGGUGUCUGAAAUCUAUCUGACACGACUGCUGGCCACUAAGGGCACACUGCAGAAGUUUGUGGACGACCUCUUCGAGACCAUCUUCAGCACGGCGCACCGCGGCUCCGCCCUGCCCCUGGCGAUCAAGUACAUGUUUGACUUUCUGGAUGAGCAGGCAGACAAACACGGCAUCCACGACCCGCACGUCCGCCACACCUGGAAGAGCAACUGCCUGCCCCUGAGGUUUUGGGUCAACAUGAUCAAGAACCCCCAGUUUGUGUUUGACAUCCACAAGAGCAGCAUCACUGACGCCUGCCUGUCGGUGGUGGCCCAGACCUUCAUGGACUCCUGUUCCACGUCGGAGCACCGGCUGGGCAAGGACUCCCCCUCCAACAAGCUGCUCUACGCCAAGGACAUCCCUAGCUACAAGAACUGGGUGGAGAGGUAUUACUCGGACAUCGGGAAGAUGCCGGCCAUCAGUGACCAGGACAUGAAUGCGUACCUGGCUGAGCAGUCCCGGAUGCACAUGAACGAGUUCAACACCAUGAGCGCGCUCUCCGAGAUCUUCUCCUACGUGGGCAAGUACAGCGAGGAGAUCCUUGGACCUCUGGACCACGAUGACCAGUGUGGGAAGCAGAAACUGGCCUACAAACUAGAACAAGUCAUAACCCUCAUGAGCUUAGACAGCUGAGAACCGUCCUUCCAGGCACCCCCUGGAGGGAGGGACACACCAAGCCGUGCCUCAGUCUAGAUUAUCAUCUUUACCAAGUGCAAGUUCCGACCGGCGUCAGCAGCAUCCCCUGAGCAGCGCUCUCUCCCUCUCUCUCUCUCGGCCUGUUUCUGUCUCUCUCUCCUUCCUGGAUCCCCUCUCUUUCAGUUGCUCUACCAACAUGAUUGAGCCAAGCCACCGACCCUCAGUUAGUCCAGGAUGCCCCCCGCCCCGCCCCGUGAGGGACCUGGUGACCAGAAGACAUCAGAGGGGGCCCUCUUUCCCCGCUGACCCCAUGCAUCAGUGGCAGGGCCCAAAUACGGAUGAGGAUGAAGGAUGUUUCUGUACUGCUACUUCACCUUCCACGUUUUGAUAGCCCCGCAUUGAGCCGAACGUUGGCCUGCGGACGAGGCAGUGAGCUCUGUAUUACCUUCACUGGGAAGACGUCUCCUGGCCCAGGUUUCCAUCUCCAGGGGGUCUGUCAGUGGCGUGGUCCCUCUGCAACUGUGAGAAGGCUGCACCUCCUGCGUGUGGCUGGAGUGGGGAGCGUGAAGCGUCGUGGGGUGCCUCGCAGGCUGUCUCCCACUUGUUGGGUUGGCAUCCAGAGGCCUUUUUGUUCCCUUCCAAUCUUCUUGGAGCCUUUCCAAGUGCCCGUAGGGCCCUGCCUGCCCAGUCUCCUCCCGGCCUGUGGAAAACCAGACAGGAGAAAGAAGAGCAGUUACAGCCCACUGUGGAGAUCCUCCCAACCUCCCAAUCUGGCUCACAGCGGCAGAAAUGUAACACGUAGAGGGAGAAAAGAAGAGAGCUGCAUCUACCCUGGAAGCAGAAUUGGUUGUUUUCCAUUUGCCUCCACAUGCUAACGAAUCACGACCAUAGUCGUGGGUCUGAUCCCUUGCAGAUCCCCGAGUGCCGUCUAGAGGACACACCUCCAUCCUCCUUGGUCAUCGCUCAUCAGGGGUCAAGGUAAAAUGCCGAGUGCAUCUGGGAGAUUCUACCUCCAGCUCUCUCGGUGGCUCCCAUCCCCGCCAUCCUUCCUGAGAACUCUGUGGAAAGUUGGGGCAGACAGCCUCGCCCCUGGCUCCCUGCAGAACCUGACAGCCUCGCCCCUGGCUCCCUGCAGAACCUGACAGCCUCGCCCCUGGCUCCCUGCAGAACCCGGUGCCGGUGCAGAUGCAGGUGACUUUGUCUCUGGACUGUUCAGACCUCCUUGGGAAUUAUUUCAUCAACAUCUCAGCUGUCUCUUUAGUCACUCUCCUCCCUCAGCUCUUUGGCAGUCAUCAUGGAAAGAAACACACUCAAGCACAGCCUUGCAGAGACAAACCAAAAUGCCAGCCCAACUCAGUCCCGGGUUUGUCGUGUUUGGGAAGGAGCGAAGAAUCAAGAGGAAGGACCUGGCUGGAAAAGGGAGGAGGGCCGUACAACUGACCUUGGCUCUGGCGUCUGUUCCUCCAUCUGUCCUUCCAUCCACGGAUACAUCAUUUUAGCCAGCCAGAUGAAUGUGUGCUCAGACAUGUGUCCUAGGUGAGCAGGGGCUAUAGUGAGAGACGGUCUGACGGAGGAUCAUGGAAACCUAUAACCUUGAAGGGACCUUAGACGCCAUCUCCAUCUGUGGUCCAGUCUCCGCCAUAGACUCGCCCGGCAGCCCCGGUGUGGAGCUGUACACCACUCUGGGAGGCAAGCAGCGGCAUCAUCUCAGGUGGGGCUGGGGACAAGGUUCCACAGUCCCGCCUUCACUCCCCGAGCAUCAGACAUCCUCCCCUGCCAUCCACUCCACAGGGGCCCCACGUGGAAAGAGGAAGGAACCACACCAUUUCCAGCAACAUCUGUGGAGCACCCUGUGCUUAAAGAAUGCUAGCCCCUUUGGAUAUGAGUACGUGUGUGUGUGUGAUCUCAUGUGCACAUGCACGUGUGUGUGUGUGUGUCUGCCCCAGGAGUAGGCAGAGAGCUCAGAAAGCUUUCUUGUCCUAUCAGGGGGAUUUGAAGCAUCUCCCUUCUCUGCCCUUGCUCACCAUUCAUUCUGCAACUUCGGGACAUUUCAACACUUGUUUUCUGUGCUGAGUGCAGAGGGGUGAGGUCACCUCUCCGUAGGAAAUCAGGGUGGUCAGUGGCCAAGGGGAUCCUGGACAGGACUGGAGGCCGGGCCAUGGUGACGCAGAGCAGGGCAUGAUGUGGCGUCGAGCAGGACAAAUGAUGGGCAAAAUACAAGUAACCUAACCGACGGGAAGAGGAGAAUGAGAAAAUAUGCAUGUCAAGGGGGAAAAGCAUAACCAAAGGUUUUGGCAAAUGAAGUGCCAGGUGAAGAAGCAUGGAAUUUCUACCCUUGAUCAUUUGAUUUCCUCCCCAGAAGCCACAAGCCCUGGCAGGCCAGGAAGGAAGCAAGCCAGAGGAGGGCUGAGGAGGCACCUGGGCCGCUAAAAUAUUUUUGCACAUGUGAAGGGGUUGGGGAGAAGACAGACACAAACAUAUUUAACACAGAUGUGCUGAAUGGAAGCUGAGUGUAAGUAUGUGUGUAUGAGUGUGUUUUGAAUUAUUUUUUAAGUUUUGCACAGUUAGAGAAAAAAAAUGAACAAGUAGAAAAAAGACUGUUAUCAUGGUUCUGCUGAAGCUUUUCUUUUUUUACCGGAUUAUUAUUAUUGUUUCGUUGUCGGUACAAAUUUUUUUCCCCACGUUUUUGUUGUAAGAGGAACUUCAGUCACCUCGGGAGAAACGUCAGGAAGAAAGAGGGGAGGCGGGAGGACAAGUUUCCAAGCCCUCCGCGUCUCUCCUGGGGGAGGGGUU